UGUGUGAGCGCAGCUAGACAUGUAACGCGCGGCGCCGAACACGAGAUCUUUUAUUUCAUAUUUGCAUUAUUUUCCUGUCAAACGAGCACCCGUUUGGAUCAUUUGAGCUUUAUCAUGGCAGAAUAGACGCCGGGAGGGACGCUCUAUUUGUGUCUGCUUCUUAAGCCGAUAAAGAAAAGGAAAUUCGGCUAUAUUUAUCUCUUGUGUCCUGACCGGGAACAUGUCUUCGGGACAAGAUGAGAGCUCAGUGCGCGUGGCUGUCAGGAUUCGUCCACAGUUGUCAAAGGAAAAGAUAGAGGGAUGUCACAUCUGCACGUUCGUGACCCCUGGGGAGCCCCAGGUUGUUCUGGGAAAGGACAAGCCCUUCACGUUUGACUAUGUUUUUGACAUGGACUCGCAGCAGGACAGUAUCUACAGCAACUGCACUGAGAAACUCAUCGAAGGCUGUUUUGAAGGAUAUAAUGCCACUAUCUUCGCCUAUGGACAGACCGGUUCGGGAAAGACCUACACCAUGGGCACGGGCUUUGACGUGAACAUCAAUGAAGAGGAGCUGGGAAUUAUUCCACGGGCCAUCAGCCACCUCUUCAGAGGCAUCGAGGAGCGCAGACAGGCCGCCACAGAACAAGGGCGACCCGUACCUGAGUUUAAGAUCAACGCCCAGUUCUUAGAGUUGUACAAUGAGGAGGUGCUUGACCUGUUUGAUUCCACUCGAGAUAUGGAGGCCCGCAAGCAGAAAUCCAACAUUAAGAUCCACGAAGAUGCCAGUGGAGGGAUUUACACAGUGGGAGUCACAACACGAACUGUUAGCUCAGAAGCAGAGAUGAUGCAGUGUCUCAGAUUGGGCGCUCUGUCCCGCACCACCGCCAGCACUCAGAUGAAUGUCCAGAGCUCACGCUCUCAUGCCAUCUUCACCAUCCACCUGUGCCAAGUUCGCGUCUGUGCCUCAGACAAUGACACGGAGACCGAUAACAAACUGGUGAAUGGCUCCUCAGAAAUGAACGAGUUUGAGACGCUAACAGCUAAGUUUCACUUUGUGGAUUUAGCCGGCUCUGAGCGACUGAAGAGAACAGGGGCCACAGGGGAUCGAGCCAAAGAGGGCAUUUCUAUCAACUGUGGACUGUUAGCUCUUGGCAAUGUGAUCAGCGCUCUGGGUGACAGGAGCAAACGCUCCACACAUGUGCCUUACCGUGACUCCAAGCUCACUCGCCUGCUUCAAGAUUCCUUAGGAGGAAACAGCCAGACAGUGAUGAUCGCCUGCAUCAGUCCAUCAGAUAGAGACUUCAUGGAGACCCUUAACACGCUAAAAUAUGCAAACCGUGCUCGCAACAUCAAGAACAAAGUGAUGGUGAACCAGGACCGGGCCAGUCAACAGAUCAGUGCUCUGAGAACAGAGAUCGCUCGACUGCAAAUGGAGCUCAUGGAGUACAAAACGGGCAAGCGUAUGGUUGGCGAGGACGGUCUGGAAAGCAUCAAUGAUAUGGUGCAUGAGAAUUCCAUGCUGCAGACAGAAAACAAUAACCUGCGUGUACGAGUGAAGGCAAUGCAGGAAACCAUUGAUGCCCAGAGAGCCAGACUCACCCAGCUACUCAGCGACCAGGCCAACCAGACCCUCGCCAGAGCAGGUGAAGGGAAUGAAGAGAUCGGAAACAUGAUCCAGAAUUAUAUCAAAGAGAUUGAGGAGCUCAGGGCAAAGCUACUAGAGAGUGAGGCUGUAAAUGAAACCUUGCGGAAGAACCUGUCCCGUGCCUCCACCCGCUCUUCAUUUUACGGUCCAACCUCUGUUACCCCCAGCCUCCUUGCACCCGAAAAAGAUGCCACAGACAUCAUUGGAAUUGCAAAGAAAGACCUGGAGAAACUGAAGAAAAAGGAAAAGAAGAAAAAGAAGAGACUCCAGCAGAUGGAUGAAGGUGCUCAUGAAGAUCUUGAGAACGUCAGGUUGGAGAAUGUCAUUGAAUGUAGUUGUUCCACUAACCGCAGUCAACGCGCCAUGGAAAAUUUGACCCAUUGUACUGCCCUCUUCUUUUCUCUAAUAGACUUCCAGGCAGAUCUGGCCAACAUCACGUGUGAGAUCGCCAUCAAACAGCGGCUGAUCGAUGAACUGGAGAACAGUCAGAGACGUCUGCACACACUCAAACAACAGUAUGAGCAGAAACUCAUGAUGCUGCAGAGCAAAAUCAGAGACACACAGCUGGAAAGAGACCGUGUAUUUCAAAACAUGGGCUCAGUGGAGUCAUGUACAGAGGAGAAAGCAAAGAAGAUAAAGUCCGAAUACGAGAAGAAGUUGAACUCCAUGAACAAGGAGUUGCAGAAACUGCAGUCGGCACGGAAGGAACACGCACGCCUUCUGAAGAACCAGUCACAGUACGAGAAACAGCUGAAGAAGCUACAGCAGGAAGUUACUGAGAUGAAGAAAACCAAGGUGGGUUUGAUGAAACAGAUGAAGGAACAUCAGGAGAGGACCCGAGCCACAGAGACCCGCCGCAACCGAGAGAUCGCCACACUCAAGAAAGACCAUCGCAAACAAGAGCACCAGCUAAGGCAGCUUGAGGCUCAAAAGAGACAGCAGGAGCUCGUUCUCCGCAGGAGGGCAGAGGAGAUAACUGCCCUGAGGCGCCAAGUGCGACCAGCAUCAGGCAAGUUUAACCGUAAGGUCAGUUUACCAGAGCCUUUGCAGGAGUCUUCACCCCGUACGGCUGCUAUCAGACCACAAACUGCUGGGGCCACAGCUCCUAAUUGGACAAGAAAGUACCAGAUGAGAACAGGAGGAGUGUACUCUACCAGGACGGCGCGGGCCAAAUGGCAGUCGCUAGAGCGGCGCAUUAGUGACAUCAUCAUGCAGAGGAUGACCAUCUCCAAUAUGGAGACUGACAUGAACCGUUUGCUUAAGGAUGACUAUCUUAAUUUCUGGGUGAACCAUGCCUUUAAUCACUCACACUGUAACACAUAUAGAACGAUACUAAGAUUUUUAUUUCCUGCAUCUUUGAAUCAGAUAACUGCCCUGAGGCGCCAAGUGCGACCAGCAUCAGGCAAGUUUAACCGUAAGGUCAGUUUACCAGAGCCUUUGCAGGAGUCUUCACCCCGUACGGCUGCUAUCAGACCACAAACUGCUGGGGCCACAGCUCCUAAUUGGACAAGAAAGUACCAGAUGAGAACAGGAGGAGUGUACUCUACCAGGACGGCGCGGGCCAAAUGGCAGUCGCUAGAGCGGCGCAUUAGUGACAUCAUCAUGCAGAGGAUGACCAUCUCCAAUAUGGAGACUGACAUGAACCGUUUGCUUAAGCAACGUGAGGAGUUGACAAAGCGCAGAGAGAAAGUGAUGAGGAAGAGGGACAAGAUCGCCAGCGAAGACACGGAUGCCGACAGGACUGUUCUCUCUCUCAACGAAGAGAUGGAGUCGCUGACCGCUAACAUCGACUACAUCAACGACAGCAUUGCGGACUGCCAGGCCAACAUCAUGCAGAUGGAAGAGGCCAAGGAGGAGGGAGAUACAGUGGACGUCUCUGCUGUGAUCAGCUCAUGCACUCUAUCAGAGGCCCGUGUCCUUCUCGACCACUUUCUCUCAAUGGCAAUCAAUAAGGGCUUGCAAGCUGCACAGAAGGAGUCUCAGAUCAAAGUGAUGGAGGGCCGUUUGAAACAGACAGAGAUAAACAGUGCCACACAGAACCAGCUACUCUUCCACAUGCUGAAGGAGAAAGCAGAACUCAACCCUGAACUGGACGCUCUGCUCGGGAACGCUCUCCAAGAACUAGGUAGCGUGUCAUCGGAGGCCCGUGUCCUUCUCGACCACUUUCUCUCAAUGGCAAUCAAUAAGGGCUUGCAAGCUGCACAGAAGGAGUCUCAGAUCAAAGUGAUGGAGGGCCGUUUGAAACAGACAGAGAUAAACAGUGCCACACAGAACCAGCUACUCUUCCACAUGCUGAAGGAGAAAGCAGAGCUCAACCCUGAGCUGGAUGCUCUGCUCGGGAAUGCUCUCCAAGAAAAUGGCGAUGAAAGCAGCAGCGAUGAAUCAGCACAGACUCCAGCCACAGAGAAGAGUUGUUUGGCUUCAGAUCUCAUGAAACUUUGUGGAGAAACCAAAGCCAGGAAUAAGGCUCGCAGAAGAACCACCACCCAAAUGGAGCUGCUGUACGCCAACACUGGUGACCCUGACGCCCCUCCAGAGGAUUUCUCUGCCCCUCUGCUUCCUGUAGUGGAGAGUCCAGAAGGACAUAAAGAACCUGCACCCAUUCCCUACUUAGGAGACAGAGACUCAGUGGCCUUCACCUCUAGCUUAGCAUCCAAGACAAAUGCUGUCUCCAGUGCCAGAUCUCCAACGGCUACAGAAAGGAAGUCUCUGGACCGCUCGCCACUCACCCGCAGAAGAGCACAGGACAGGAGCCAGAACCCUACAGAAAGAACCAAAACCCUGGACAAACAAGGUCCUGCAGCAAGCCCAGCUCAGGCGGUGCGCUCCAGUCGAGCAGCCAGACUGCAGUGUGUGCAUGUGGCCGAGGGUCAUACUAAACCCCUGCUGUGUGUGGACUCAACUGAUGAUCUGCUCUUCACUGGCUCAAAGGAUCGCACAUGUAAGGUGUGGAACCUGGUAACGGGUCAGGAGAUCAUGUCUCUUGGAGAUCAUCCCAGCAGUGUAGUGUCAGUCCGAUACUGUUCCAGCCUGGUCUUCACUGUCUCUACUGCUUAUGUCAAAGUAUGGGACAUCCGUGACUCUGCCAAAUGCAUCCGCACCCUCACAUCUUCUGGACAGGUGUCUCAAGGUGACACUUGUGGAAGCAGUUCUGUUGCCAUUCCUCCAGGAGAAAAUCAGAUCAAUCAGAUCGCCCUCAAUCCUUCCGGAACAUUCCUUUAUGCUGCAUCAGGCAACACGGUCAGGAUGUGGGACUUGAGAAGGUUUGUAUCUACUGGAAAACUGACGGGACAUCUGGGGCCGGUAAUGUGUCUUACGGUAGACCAGAUGGGGAAGGGUCAAGAUGUGGUCAUAACAGGCUCAAAAGAUCACACCGUGAAGAUGUUUGACGUGGUGGAAGGCGCUCAGGGCAGCAUCAGCGCCACACAUCAUUUCGACCCAUCCCAUCAGGAUGGGCUGGAGGCUCUGGCCAUUCACGGCGAUGCACUUUUUACUGCUGCCAGAGACUCCUGCAUUAAGAAAUGGGACUUAACCCGCAAACAGCUACAAGAGCAGGUAGAACAGGCUCACUCUGAUCUCCUGAGCUCUCUGGCGGUGGUCCCUGGCUCCAGCGCUGUUAUGAGCGGCUGCAAGAGCGGACUGCUCAAAUUCUGGCACACAGACACGCUUAGAGCUCUGGGAGAAAUAAGGGGUCAUGACAGCUCUGUCAAUGACAUCUGCACAAACAGCAGUCAGCUCUUUACCGCCUCAGAUGACCGGACAGUCAAGAUCUGGCAAGUGAACGGAUCUUUAGAGGACGGCCUUCACUGAUGAGAACACAAGGUCACUGUGAAGGUUUUGGCUUCCCAGAAGAAUUUCCUCUACCAAUGUGAUGCUUCUUUCCUGACACUUUGGCAGCGAUUCAGAGGAGAGCUUCCUGUUGUAGCUGCUGUAUAUUUCCUCAUCUACAGUGUUGAAGUGCCCCAUUUAGCUGUUGCUGACUGUAAAGGGGGGAUAUUGUAGGUCAAUAAGUGUUUUUUUUGGUGUGGCACCGUCCUAAAGCUGGGCUUUGGGCAUCACAGACUGCCGUAUGAGCAGUGCUUAAGAAGCACACGUGUUUGUGAAUGUCAUGUUGACUGGACUGAACCGAUAUGCAUUUUAAAUUAUUCGUUAAUAUUGAUGUCAGCUCUUUUCCGAUGUUUGUUGACCAAAGUUAGACUCUCUUUGUGUGAAUCUUUCCGAUGGAACUACGACACGUCCCAGAUCUCAAUGCACCCGUACUGUAGUCUUAACUGCACUGGGAACUGUUCAAUGAUAUUUGCACCAGUGUCUGUCCUACCUUUAUAUAAAGCCUGAACUGAUUCUUUUUCAUUUUCUGGUUGAAACCUUAGAGUACGCUGUGCAAAAAUGAUUUCCUCUGAUGUACUGUAGUUAUUAUCAAUGUCAGAUGGCGAGUGAAAUAAACUACAUCUGUCAAAAUCUUACAGGUGUUUCUGCAGUGUUUUAGUCUAACAGAAUAAGCUUAAAGGAAUGUAAUGUGCUUGAUAUAAUGUUGAGUAGUGAAACUGCAGGGUCAGAAUAAUAUCACUAGGUGGCAGUCCACACAUAAUGGACGGUGAACUGGCAAAUAUAGUGUAUGGAUAUACUGUAGAUGGUCUUUACAUUAAAGGGACUAUUUGAAAAAAA